AUGUUUGCCGACGACAGUGCCGUCUUCGCUGACAACGAUGUAGUGGCCACAGAUACGCUUUAUGAUAUAGCCACUAUCGCUCAGUCAUAUGGUCUUAAAAUAAAUGUGGACAAAACCAAAGUGCUUACAACGGAUGGAUCGCGGGCAACUGUUUACCUUAAUGGAGUCCAAAUUGAGCAGGUACAAGAGUUUAAAUACCUUGGGUCACUGAUCAAGGAGAAGAAAGUGGCAUCGUCAAAUGAAACUCAUGCCCGUAUUGGACAGGCAGCCCAUGCAUUUGCCUCACUCAAAUGGUUUGUAUGGAGAAAGAAUAACAUUUCUUUGAUGACCAAGAUCCGCCUGUUCCGUACACUAGUCAUACCGAUCCUUCUCUAUGGGUCAGAAACUUGUACCUUGCUUAAGACAGACUUGGACAAACUUGAGACCUUUCAAUUGAAAUGCUUGAGACAGAUUCUUGGUAUCUCCCUUUGGGAUCGCAUCACCAACAAUGCCAUCCGGACCAGAUGCCAACAGCAGCCAUCUGUUAAGACACAAAUUCAACAGCGACGGCUGAGAUGGUUUGGCCAUGUGUGCCGAAUGGAUAUCAACCGAAUUCCGCACCAACUGCUCUUCCGACAGCGACCUACUCUGUGGAAAAUCCAACACUCCGCACCUAAGAAAACAUGGACCAAACAUGUUGAGGAGGACCUCAAGAAUCAACGGCUUGAUCUGAACCAGGCAAAAUUGGCGGCCAUGGAUCGAGGGCAUUGGAGGGGCAUUGUGGAGAAAGCUCGACUUCCUGCGGCACCCACAGCAGCAUACUGGUUGCGCGGACACCCGCAACCAAAUGCCAGCUAG